AUGACAGCUGCUCUGACUAAACUCGCCUUCCUUGUGAUCCUGGCCUUCAUCAUGUGCCUCCCAGAGUUCUUCACUUUGAAUAGAGUGCUGCAUGUGUCGGUGGUCUGUGCACGGUCCCUGCUCUGUGGAGGGGAGGACAGCACAUGCACUGGACAUGAGGAGCACAAGAGAGCAGACAGGAGGAACAUGACCCAGGCAGAGUGCUACGUAUGUAAGGCAGAUGUCAACAUAUCAACGCUUCAUACCAACUGUUCAACACUAGGUGAAACCUUUUCCUUCGAAGUGUCCAUCACCAUCCAACAGAACAUCAUAACCUCAGAAAACCUCUCUUUGCUCGGCCACUACAACCACAGCUCCUACUACCUUGUUCUCUUUGAUGAAUUGGAGAUAAAUAAUAUGUCCAGAGAUAGUUUGGUGUACUACUCUCCAUCAGAGGACACAGACACCUACAGCUACUGCCUCUUCUGGAUUUCUAUACUAAGUGGAGGGCUGCCAUGGAAACCUAGUAAAGAGUGGAGGCAUGUGCUGUGGGGGGCCUGGGUCUCUCUGCUGUGUGUGGUGCUGCUGCUCAUCAUCAUCACUGUCACUCGAGAAAUUAUUUGCAAACAAAAAAAUCAAACGUUUUAUUUUUCAGACAAAGUCCAAAUUCACCCUUGUAAUUACGCAGAUCGAAUUCAGAAGAUUGCCGGCAAGAAACAUCAAGAUGUCAUCAAUAUCAAAGCUUUCAGUGUUAAAACACGUUUCACUCAUUCCUGGUCAGCAUUAUCUGCUAUCGAGGAAGUGGAUACACCUGAUUCUACUAGAGUUCAAUGA